GAGGUUCAUAAAUGGUGGGCUUGAUAAUCAAUUACCAACCCAACCCAAGUUUUAAAAUGUGGAUGAACCUUGCCGUUUGAUUAAUCCAACUUUUCUUUCCUUUUUCUCACCUUCAAAUACAAGCUACCCCUUCUUUUUCAAAACCCUAAUUUCUUUCCCCCAAUCCAAUCACCGAUCCCAACCAAUUUCUCAGAUCUGCUGCGCGUCUUCCUCAGGAAUUAUGGCUUUUGUGCGGAAUUAUCAAGCUGAAGAUCGUAAUUUAAAUGGUGGCUAUUGGCCCACCUAUGAUGGAAACAACACUGGCAACACUGAUAGGAAAAGAAGCAGAAACCAUUAUGAUCAGAGGAAUUAUAACAAUUAUUAUGACAACCAGAUCAAUUUUGGGAACCAUUACUAUGACAACCAGACCAAUUUUGGGAACCAUUACUAUGACAACCAGACCAAUUUUGGGCACUAUGGUGGCAAUGCAGACUAUGCUAAUUAUGCUGAUGUUGUUCCAUCUUCUCAGAAGAAAAGAAAAUUUUCUGCUCCUGUUGGGGUAGAAAGCCAGAAGUUCAAUCUGCCAGCUACUGUCUAUGACAAUGUCCCUUCAUCCCGGUGUUUUCAAGCUCAUCCUACAAGAUCCAAUGCUUAUACCUCAGCUAGCGUUAAACCUGGUUUCUCCAUAUUUGAUGAUGAUACACCUGUCUUUAUGUCUAGGGAUGAUAUUGAUAGAAACUCUCCAUCAAGAAAAGAUGGUAUUGAUGUGCGCCAUGAAGCACACUUGCGGUAUUCUUAUUGUGCCUUCCUUCAGAAUCUCGGGACAAGGCUUGAGCUGCCACAAACUACCAUCGGGACAUCCAUGGUUCUGUGCCACCGUUUUUUUGUUCGACAAUCGCAUGCUUGCCAUGACAGAUUUUUGAUAGCUACUGCUGCUCUUUUUCUUUCUGGGAAGUCAGAAGAAUCUCCAUGCCCUUUGAAUAGCAUAUUGAGAACAUCCAGUGAAAUCUUACACAGACAAGAAUUUGCUUUCUUAUCCUACUGGUUUCCUGUUGAUUGGUUUGAACAGUAUCGUGAACGGGUGCUUGAGGCUGAAACAUUGAUACUCACAACGCUCAACUUUGAACUCAAUGUGCGACACCCUUAUGCACCUCUUACAUCCGUUCUUAACAAAUUUGGUCUUUCAAGGACCGUUUUGGUGAAUAUGGCCUUAAACUUGGUCAGUGAAGGGCUUCGGAGCUCUCUAUGGCUUCAAUUUAAACCUGAUCAAAUUGCUGCUGGAGCUGCAUACCUUGCUGCCAAGUUUCUGAACAUGGACCUUUCUGCUUAUCAGAAUAUCUGGCAAGAGUUUCAGGCAACCCCAUCUAUUCUUCAAGAUGUUUCACAGCAAUUAAUGGAGCUCUUCUAGAAGGAUAAUAGAAAUGUUAUACCAUAGUUCUCAGUAAAGUAGAUUUUAAAAUACUUCACAUACUUAAGAAAUAGAAUCACAGAUCAGCUGUGUUGUUUCCAGAGUUUGGUAUCUGUUAAAUUUCGGGUUUACUUUGGAGUUUAGACCCUACUCGUGCAUGCACAUAAAAUAAUUUAAAACUUCGAAUAUGCCAUUAUCUGGCUUGGAUUUAAAUUUUUUAUUUGUCUUGCGUUCAUUGGAAAUAAGAUAAAUACAUUUUUUC